AUGUGCUUUGACAAUGAUGGUACGUGUCGACUUUGGGAUGUCGAGGCAGGUGUGCAGAAAAUGGAUAAACUGAAGUCACCGGGAAUGUCUGUGUGUUGGCAUCCUUUAGAUCCUGUGAAGCUAAUGGUUUCUGAGAAGAUUGCACGAAUUCGAUUUUAUGACCUCAUUGCCGAACAACCCAUUGUGUCAUUGGAUGCAGGUCGUGUGACAAUGAUGAGCGCCGAUUGGUGCCCAGUGAACAGCAUGUUGGUAGGAGCAACGGCAAAUGAAAAUUGGCAUGUGUGGGAUCUUUCUGCUUCAAGUCAACCAAUUCAGAGUGGAUUAGCUCACCAAACGAUGGGCUCUCAGUUUAGAUGGUGUCAACAGGGUGAGUUAUUGUUUUCAACGACAUCUACAUUAGACAAGGAAUUCAAACUACAUCAUAGAGGACACCAAAAGGUGCCCAUAUCCAUGUCAUUGACUCAGUGUGGCUCGUCAAGUUGGCAGUGUACGUCUCCUGUGUGUGGGAUAGCUGAUGGUAGACAAAUUAGAUUAUUUUCUUCAGAACUCUAGGACAAUCACAAUGGUUGCAAAUGAUAGUUUGAAUGUAUUAUUAAUAGACUAUGUUAAUGAGGUAUAGUAUUAGCCUGAAGUUUGUGCAAACAGUUGCUGUGUAAAGUACGAUAUUUGAAAACUGGUGUG